AUGAUCGACCUCAGCUUCCUUACGGACGAGGAGCAGGAGGCAAUUCUGAAAGUGCUGCAGCGGGAUGCGAAUCUGAAGAGAGCCGAAGAGGAGAGAGUCAGGCAUUUACCUGAAAAAGUCAAAGAUGACAACCAGGUCAAGAACAUGAGCGGCCAAUGGUUUUAUGAAGCCAAGUCCAAGAGGCACAGAGACAAGAUACACGGCGCGGACAUCAUUCGCGCAUCAAUGAGGAGGAAGCGUCCUGGUAUUUUAGCGGAGCUGAGUCAGAAUAAGUCUGGCAAAAAAAAGAACAGCUGGGUGAACAAUGUCAAUAAAGAGGCCUCCAUGCCUCCGGAGCUGUUUGGUGCCAUAGAAGAGACAGAAGGGGAAUCGAAAUCUAGUCCGAGCCCUACGGUGUUCAGCGCAGAUGCUAGUGCAUUAGCAAAGCCCCAGGAAGACACAAAGAAGGCAGCUGUAUCACCAUCAAAGGAAAGGAAAAAUCCGUUUAAUGACUCAAAUCUGUCCGAAGACCGUGCAAAAAAUUCCCUUUCACCUUCAGUAGAAAACCAACCCGAAGUAAACGUAACAAACAGCAGGGUAGAAAAGCCGGAGGAUGCUUCUGUAGAGCCAAAUGAGCCAAGGGGUCAGGCAGGGAAACCUCCUAUACCGAAAGCCAGAAGAAACAUUCACAAGACGUCCGACGUCAGCGUGACGAGUGAAGAUUCUUUCCCCAAAGUGCAUAGAAGGAUCAAGCCCGGUAACGGCCAAGGAACGCCACCCAGGGGUAUCUUGAAACGUAACUCAAGUUCCAGUUCUACAGAUUCUGAAGUGCUGCGCCUUAACCAAACCGCGGACUCCCCGUAUAAAAAUGGACUACCUGCUUUGACGAUCCGCGAAGGCAUGAUGGACAAGAACAGCUCUCCCAGGAGGGACCCGGAAGGAUUUUCUCAAAACUCCUUGGAACGAUUAAAGCAAGUUAGAUUUUCUUCCAGCGUAAGCAGGAAAGAGCGUCCGCCUAGCCUCGAGUUGCGCGAGGGGAAGGAAUCGGGGGAGUUCAGCUUGUUAGACUCGGACUGCGGGAAGACCAGCGACAACCAAGCGUUUGGGUUAGACGCAGGCCAGAACGAGCAGACUCCUCUGAUAAAGCCGUUGGCCUUCCGUUCGACAGAUUUAAACGGCCAUGCUGAGGAGCAAGCUACGUCAAAAGAAAGAAAAGCGGAUCCGAGUUCUUACAACGCUAACGGGUCUGAUCAACCAUAUUUGCAAUCCCAGAAAAGCUCUCCUGCGGAAUGUACAACUCCCAGUGACUCUUCCAGUGAGACCUUUCCAAAGGUCACGAAAGACCCAAGCGUUGAUGAAGCAAAGCUUGAAAUCAAAACUGGACAGCGGAGCCCUGGGCCAGAUGCUAAACAAAUCUCCGCUGGCCAGCAGUCACCCUUGGCUAAUACAGAAGACCCUCGGGCCCCGAGCAUCGUCUCCACAGACCUUGAACAAGGUUCGGCAGAAGACCCAAACCCUGUUCUGGAGGCUUUGAAAAGGAGUUCAAAUAGGCAAAUUCCUUCCAAAAGUCUAGAGGACAUACCAUCAGCCACAUCAAAUGAAGGAAAAGUAAAUACUCGAAAGGAAGACUUAAUGCUUAGUGCCGAAGAUGAUCAGAAAGCCGUUCAGCCACACGAGCCGCAUACAACCACACCAGGAAUUUCCGCAGCGCCUUCUUUCCCCGUUAACCAGUUCUCCAAUCCAGAAAAAGUCAAAAGGAUGAGUAAAUCGGUCCCGACGUUUCUACAGGAGGAGAGUGAUGACAGAGAGACAGACACAGCGUCAGAGAGCAGUUACUCGCUUGGCAGGAUCAAGAAGAGCCCCAGUUCCCUAACCAAUCUUAGCGGCUCUUCUGGCUUGGCAUCCUUGUCUUCUGUGAGCACCAGCGUGAUGAGUGUCUACAGUGGAGACUUUGGCAACGUGGACGUGACAGGCAAUAUCCAGUUUGCCAUCGAUUACGUGGAGCAGCUGAAGGAGCUCCAUGUUUUUAUUGCCCAGUGCAAGGACUUGGCAGUGGCAGAUAUUAAGAAGAACCGUUCAGAUCCGUAUGUGAAGAGUUACCUGCUGCCAGCAAAACACAAACUGGGCAAAAGGAAGACUUCGGUGAAAAAGAAAACGUUGAAUCCUGUCUACAAUGAAAUUCUGCGGUACAAAGUCGACAAGACCCUCUUGACCUCCCAGAGGCUGAAUAUCUCAGUGUGGCACAAUGACACUUUUGGACGCAACAGCUUCUUAGGCGAAGUGGACCUUGACUUGGGCAUGUGGGACUGGAAUGACCGGCAGAACAAGCAGAUGAUCUGGUACCCGCUUAAGCCUAGAGCUCCGUUGGCUGCUCUGGAGCUGGAGAACAGAGGGGAGAUGAAGCUCGCUCUCCAGUAUGUCCCACAACCUGCUGGAAGUAAGAAAACUUCAGCCACUGGAGAAGUCCACAUUUGGGUGAAGGAGUGCAGUGACCUCCCAAUUCUCAGGGGCAAUAAGCUCAACUCCUUCGUUAAAUGUACCAUUCUCCCGGACACGAGUAGGAAAAGCCGCCAGAAAACGCGAGCUGUGACCAAGGAAACCAAUCCGGUGUUCAACCACACAAUGGUCUACGAUGGCUUUAAGCCGGAAGAUUUGAAAGAAGCUUGUGUAGAACUUACUGUCUGGGACCACAACAAGCUAGUGAAUCACUUCCUGGGAGGCCUCCGGAUAGGACUUGGAACAGGUAAAAGCUACGGCACUGCAGUAGACUGGAUGGACUCUACGUUAGAGGAAACCAGUUUAUGGGAGAGGAUGAUGAAAUCACCGGACCAGUGGAUUGAAGACACUCUGCCGCUCAGGAUGCUAACAGUAGCAAAACUGACCAAAUAG